AUGGAACUGCAACAAACUGAGCAAAAGUUACGACAGGAACUUGCAAAAGCUGUUCCGAUAUUAGUUCAUCGUGAUUUGGAAAAAAGGAAUACAGAAUUAGAGCAGACUAAUUUAAAACUUCUUCAUGAAAUUGAACAGCUGAAAGAAGUCGCCUUAAUUUCUAUGAACCAGCACCAGAACUUAGAAGAUCAGCUAAACAGUCAGACGAUUGAGAUACAAAACCUACGUGAACAGGUGGUUGAAUUAGAAUCCAAAGAUGAUUCUAGAGCGAAUCUGGCCCGCUUACAUCGUCUUGUGACACGAAUGCAGAUAUCCGAGUCGACUGCACUACGCCGUCUAGCAUCUACCCAAGUAAAAGUAAAUCGUUUGGAAACGGACUUGCUGAAAACUGAGAAGCGACUAACACAAAGAGAAAAUGAGUUGACUUACUUGUAUAACAAGUCACGUGAGCGUGAAAGAAAGUUACGUGAAACAAUCACAAGUCUGCGCCAAAGGUAUGCCGGUUGUAUUCCACUUGGACAGCAAGAAAAAGUAUCUACUCGUUUGACUAGUGCAUUGCGUGAACGUAUAUCUAGUAAUCUUGCUCUUGACGAAGCUUUGAAUGCUAAAAUAAAGGCCGAGUCUAUGAUUGAAGGAUAUGAGGAAAGCAAAACUCUAACCUCUGAAAUCCAUAAUCUUUUAACAGAGCACAACAAUCAACACCCAAAAGAACGAUUGAGUGAUCUACGUGUAUCAGAAUCAGCACAACGUCGUCAGGUUGAAAGACUAAAAGAGCAAGUACAUCAUUUAGAAUCUUUAGUACAAAAUCAAGAAACUCAGUUAAAUGAAUUGGAAUUAGAAAAUUCACGCCUAGUUAAAGAACUAGACCAACGUGAAACACAAUGGGAGCAACGUGAGGCUGAAUUAGAAGGGGCUAUAGAAAAAAAUACAAUAUCUGAGAAUAUAAUAUCAGAAAAUAUGAGUAAAUUGAAAUCCAUUCCCAAUCUACUAGGAAAUGAAGACAUUGAACCUGUUUUGGAUCAGAUGAGUCAUGAUGUUAACUUCAAUGAGCAACAGUCAUCUUCUAAGCAUUUGGAACAGACUGUUCAACGGACUGACGAUCAAGUAAUAGCCAAGCUAAGAAGUGAAAACACUGCGUUUCGGAAGCGUCUCACUCAAUUGCUACAACUUAUUCGCCUACAAGAUUGUAAAUUGCAAAGUAUAGUCAAUCAUUCAUUCGCCGCACAAAACCCAGAAAAUCAGUCCACACUGGCUAGUUUACGCGCUAAUAUGGAGUUGUUACAACGUCGAUUAAAUGGUAAAGACGAAAGUCUUGCAAGAGUUAAUGAGCUAUUGAGACAAGCCUAUGAAGCUAAUGAGCAAUCAAAUGAAAGACAUCGACAGGAAAUUGCGAUUUUGCAAAACAAACUUCAUAACAAGAUGGAAGAAACGAUGUUGCAACUGGCUCAAAAAGUGGAAUCUGUAGGUCGACAGGAAACAUCAAAUAUCCAUAUGAUUGAAUUAAAAAAGCGUUUGAGUGAAUUGGAAGAAGCACUUUCUGAACAAAAUCAAGCUGUAUUUCGCCAGUCUGAGAGAACAAAAGUAAUACAGCAAGAGUGUGAUGUAUGGCAAUUAAAAUACAACCAACUGCAGACCCAAAAUGAAACUGAAAAGAAUAAUAUGGAAGACACACAUAGACAAGAGAUUAUGAAUUUAACGUCACAAGUUGAACAAUUACAAACGGAAAUUGACAGACGUAAUGAAAAAAUUACUGAAUUCAAUAAUGAAAUUAAACGUUGGAAAACUGAAGCCAGUAAAUCACCAUCAGUAAUGCAACGUCAAUUGACUGAACGUCUACGUAUUGAUUUACUUGAAAAAGAUAAACAAAUUCGGGCCUUAUCCAAAGCAUUAGGUGAACUACGUCACGAUCUUGUGGCACAAGCUGAGCAGGCUGUUUUGGCUACUAAUUCAAUCCAACCAAUUUAUGCUACACCACCAGUGAAGGAAGUUGAAGAAAGACAGAUUGCUAGUGAAACAUUUAUAUCACAAGAUAGUGCAAAACCCUUAGAAUAUGCAAACCAACUUCAUUCAGACAGAACUAAAGAUGAAGCUAAGAUUCAGCAGGAUACGAUUCUGAAACUAAAGGAGGCAAACAAAAGACUGGAGCUGGAAUGCAAGGACUUAAAUCAGCAGUUGGAACGGAUUAAAAAUACCCGAACCCUGAAUACGCCUCAACAGAAGAUUGAUGAACUAACUCGCAAAAACCGAAUACUCGAAGAAGAAAUUUCUAGGCUUCGCAUGAUACCUGAAAAACCGUAUCAGGAGUCGAAUAAAAAUAACAAAUCUGACAUUAUUCUUCUAUUCACUAAAUUAAAAAAACAAGCUAUAGCACAUUUUCAUGGUAUUUUUUUAAAUUUAGGAUUCACAAUAUCAUCUUCCAUGCGUACUAGUUUAGCGAAUGAAUGGGAGCAACGUAAACGUUUAGAAGGUGAGAUAAACAAAAUGAAGGAAAAAUUGAAUAAGAAGAAUUCCGAACUGAAUGCCGUUCAAAAACAGCUGGAGUUAACUUUGAAUGCACUUGAUCGAACAAACAAACAAAAUGAACAGCUUAGAGAGAAAAUAAGUGAAUUGUGGGGUCCAGGAGCUAUUCUCGAUCAUUCAGAAGACCUGAAAACUGAGCAGAGUACUAACCAUCCAAGCCAGAAAUCAAUUUCAAAUAUCCCAGAACGCGUUGAAUUACACAAAAAAGUAGAAGAGCUACAAUCUGAAGUUGAAAGAUUGCGUCGAGCCCAAAGGAUGGUAGCAGGUUUACCACCAGGAACAAAAUCAAUGAAUACAGAUGCUAUGUUGAUACAAAGUGCAGAAAUGCGUAACAAAAUUUUGUCAGAACGCAUACAAGAUUUGGAGAAACAGUUGCAAGACAAAGGUUUCGUCAGUCAAGCAAAAAUACAAAAUGAAUUUGAACUGGAAAAUCUGAGAUCAGAUGCAUCACGUUAUAAAACUAGAAUUCAUGAUUUACAAGUUUAUGUCGAUUUAUUAAAACAAGAAAAAGAGGUGUUGCGUUCUGGUCAAAAUUUAGAUAAAUCAUUCAAUUCCGACAGCAGUACAAUGAGUAGUAUAAGAAGGGUCGGUGAGAGUGGAAAAUCCCCAAAAGAAUUGGAAAAAAUUAUUGUUUGUUUGAAAAAAGUGUUAAAGCGCAGUCAAGCUGAAAACGAGCGUUUAAAACGUGCACCGGGACCAGUAUCUCACAACCAAUUACAGCAGUAUAAAUUAGAAAUAAAGCGUUUACAAAGUGAGUUAGAAACGGCACAGUUAGCUGCUGGAGCUAGAUUAUUGGAUCGUCGACUGGCAAGUGAACAAGGAACGGCAAAAUUAAUGCAUGAAUAUGAUAGUCUUAGAAAGAGUUAUGAAGAUGUUAUUAUAAAAAAUCAAGAAAUGAAAAACCAACUUCGGCAGUUACGUCAAGAAACGGACAGACCAAAGAAUACACCUGGGAACGAGAUAUGUAGUGAAUAA